GAACGUGUCGAUGAUGCGUGGUCGCAUAGAGCACGAGCUUCUUCUGACAACCUGUCAUUUGCGUGGUUCACGUCACGUGACAAACGAUGCUGCUGAAGUGGCGGGAGAGGGCACGUAGAAGUGCCGCUACUUGUUUCGUCAGGUGAAAGUUGCGAAGACGCUCGACGACGAGCUGAAAUAUAGGAAAGUUCCGGAAAAGCUGUUUUAGCCAAGAUGUCACUGGAGGAAGGAUGGCUUCAAUUAGCUCUCAACUUUUCGGGAUCGUUGAAUGAAUCCGACUUGAAUAACGUAUUAAAAGCCUACGACAAGGAAACAUUGACUCUUCGUAAGCCAUCUAAUCUAACACUAAUUAUCUUUUACGUCAUUUGUUUCCUAGUGGCGACCUCUGCUAAUGCGGUGGCAUUGCUAGUUUUUUACAGAUAUCGCCAUAUACGCCGCUCGUCAAAUGUUCUCCUUAUCACGCUCGCUGUUGCUGAUCUCUUGGUGGCGCUAGUGUGUAUGCCGACAGCAGUAGGAUCAAUAGCUUAUAGGCUAUGGAUGUAUGGCGACGUCAUGUGCAAGAUGACGAACUACCUUCAGGGUGUCGCUGUUUCCGCCAGCAUAUUUACCAUGACUCUAAUGAGCAUCGAUAGAUAUGUGGUCAUUUGUCAUCCAUUAACAUACAGACAGUGCUUUUGUAGACGUCAUUCCCGGUGGGGAAUUAUAUUUCUAUGGCUCCUGGCAGCCAGUCUGUUUAUUCCAGUUUUAAUCAUCCGACAAACAGGAGGAUUUGGUUUGUCCAUGCCUGUAACAAAUACAGAUGUAGUGUUUGUGUUCUGCGUGGAAGUUUGGAAGGACGUCUGGAGCCGUCGUUUCUACGGACUAGCCAUGUUCGUGCUGGUUAACGUAUUACCAGCCAUCGUAAUGACUCUAACUUACAGCAAAAUUGGCAUACAACUCUGCUACCAGAAGCAGGAACUGACCACUGACCAGCCCGUUGGUACCAUACCGCGGAGGCAAACUUCAUCCUAUCGAUUGGAAGAACUAGUCCAAAGUCGUCGUGUUGUAGCCCGUCGGUUCGUGAUCCUGACUCUGGUGUUUGCAGUCUGUUGGGUACCGUAUAACAUCGCCACCCUCUUGAUGGAAUUCCCUCUGCAGCAGGAGAUCCACGAAGGCUUAAUGGCCUUCCUACCUUUCGGCCUGUUUUUGGGUCACGCCAACAGCGCUAUCAAUCCGCUAUUGUACUGCUGGCUGAAUCAUAGAUUUGGUCACGAUUUUCUGGACUUGCUGCGGUGCCGAAAACGAAGCACCUUACAACGAGAGAGGGCAAGAGUGAUACAUGACGCUGCAAAAAAGGAAGAAGUUCCUCUUGAAAGCCGAACCUUAAAUCUAACUUCAACAUCAACUCUAAACACUGUAAAGAGAAAUUCCACUGUUUGACCACUGUCAGAAGCUUAUCUGGACAAGGCCACGUGUGGUCGCACGGUGGUAAAAUUAGCAUAUAAUAACAUAUGGACAACUCGCGACCACGUGGUCUUUCAAGGCUAUCCUUGCACACCCACCAACCCUUGAGAAAAGUGAAAAAAAAACUACAUCUUUCUCUCUGAAACUCUUGUAAUGUUUCGACCACCACUACGUGUCUGUGAACAGCUUUAAAGCUCAUAUUGGCGAAAUGUUGAUAGAAAAUGUGUCUGUGAACAGCUUUAAAGCUGCUGACGGCAACGAGUUCUGUCUUAACUGGAGUCUAGCCUAAAGAUUCGAAAUAUCAAAAUUCUGUCCUCUCGUCCUGUUGUCUUCGGAAUACAGCGUAAAAACCCAGGUGCCUUUAUAUCGUAUUCAUUCCACCUGUAAUCUUACAAACUCCAAUAAGAUCACGUCUUACUCUUCCUGUCUCAAGAGAAAACAAUGUAUCUGAACUUAUCCCUGUAAACUAAUCAUUCCAUCUCUGGCUUUAUUCUGGUAGCCCUUCCAUGAAACCUUUUCCAAUCCGUCAAUAUUGUUUCAUAAGGAGACCAAAACUUCAAGUGAGGCCUACUUAUUGAUUUGUAUUUAGUUGAUAAUUACCUGUUUUCACUCGUAAUAAAUAUCUUUAAAUACAGCC